AUGACCUGGAGCAUGGCUUGGCUUUUCCUGGCGCUGGCAGCCUGCAUGCAUUCCGCUGGUUUCGCAGUACGCGGCAGUCAUGUCGAGGUUGGAGCUGUCCUCGCCCAGCCGCUGCGCGAGCUGUACUUGCCGACCACGUACCCCCAGGGCGGUGUGGCGACUAACGACGCAUCCAAGUGGAUCAAACUUUCCAAGGACGGUUGGUACUGA